UAUUGCGUUGCUUCUUAUCUUCUAUUUUGUUAUUGUGACGAAAAUAGAAAGUCAAGUGAUAUAUUGACAGAAAAAUUCCAACGUUGUCAUUUAUGUAUGUGUACAUGAUGAUUUAUUAUCGCGAUUGCAUUUAAGAGACUUCUCUAUAAAGUGAAUUAAUUUUAAUUUAACAUUUCUGCUUGCAGACAAUAAAAUUUCCGAUUAGAAUACAAAGGUCGUGAAUAAUCAACAUGAGCUCACGUCACGCCCUUUACACCGUUGAGGUGGGUGAUACUAAAUUCACAAUAUUGAAACGUUAUCAGAAUCUUAAGCCGAUUGGAUCAGGUGCACAAGGAAUUGUUUGGGUUUAGAAUCACAAAUUAUUUUAUCAGUUUAUUGACCGUUGUUGUUAUUGCACGUUGUCUUGCAAAAAAAAAAAGAGAAAAGAUUAUAAAAGAAAGAAAAAAGAAGUUUUUUGUUGGAUUGAUAUUAAAAUAAGACGAAACAUAAAAUGGCAGAAGACGAAGCUCGAAACUACACAAGCUACACAUUUGGUGACACAGAAUUUAUCGUGCCUUCACGAUAUAUUGAGUUGUCAGCUCGCGGAACUGGCGCUCAAGGCAUGGUCUGUGCCGCAUAUGAUACCGUCACACAGCAAAAUGUCGCGAUCAAAAAAUUAUCGAGGCCAUUCCAGAAUGUUACACAUGCCAAACGAGCCUACAGGGAAUUUAAGCUUAUGAAAUUAGUCAAUCAUAAAAAUAUCAUCGGUUUGUUAAAUGCGUUCACGCCACAACGGACUUUGGAGGAAUUCCAAGAUGUAUAUCUCGUCAUGGAGCUGAUGGAUGCAAACCUUUGCCAGGUCAUCCAAAUGGAUCUCGAUCACGAGCGAAUGUCAUAUUUGCUUUAUCAAAUGCUGUGCGGCAUUAAACACUUACACUCGGCCGGAAUUAUUCAUAGGGACUUAAAGCCAUCAAAUAUCGUCGUAAAGUCUGAUUGUACUCUGAAAAUUCUCGAUUUUGGUUUGGCUCGUACAGCUGGCACGACAUUUAUGAUGACUCCAUAUGUCGUCACAAGAUAUUAUCGCGCACCCGAAGUCAUUCUUGGCAUGGGCUAUAAAGAGAACGUCGAUAUAUGGUCAGUAGGCUGUAUUAUGGGUGAAAUGAUAAGAGGUGGUGUUCUUUUCCCUGGAACGGAUCACAUUGAUCAAUGGAAUAAGAUAAUUGAACAACUUGGUACACCGUCACAAUCGUUCAUGCAACGUUUACAACCGACUGUAAGAAAUUAUGUCGAAAAUCGACCCAGAUAUCAAGGCUACUCAUUUGAUCGUCUCUUUCCCGACGUCCUCUUCCCGAGCGAUUCCAGCGAGCAUAAUCGCUUGAAGGCAUCACAAGCUCGGGACUUACUCAGUAAAAUGUUAGUUGUUGAUCCUGAACAUCGCAUUUCAGUUGAUCAAGCAUUAUUGCAUAGUUACAUUUACGUGUGGUACGAUGAGAGCGAGGUCAAUGCGGUGAGUAUAAAACCGGCACCUGGUCCUUAUGAUCACAGUGUCGACGAACGUGAGCACACUGUUGAGCAGUGGAAAGAGCUCAUCUAUCAAGAAGUUGUCGAUUAUGAAGGUCGCAAUCAUGUGGAGCAAGAGCAACCACGGUAGAAAUCAGCGUAUUCAUAUCAACAACCAAACAUUCGUUUUGUUUAAUCUUCAACUUCUUACUUUAUUUAAAAAAUGUGACAAAAAAGAUAAAAGAAAAAGUAAAAAAGAAAUAUAAAUUGAGUGAUAAUAUGGAGAAGAAUAAUGUAAUGUGCAUGACAACAUCAUCAUCAUCGUCAUUGCUUCAUUAAAUUGUAGAUCCUCGUCAAUAUUUAUGAUGAUCCAAAAAGAAAAGAAAAACUAUUAUCGUGUAAUUAGCACAAAGAUAAAUGAAAAAGGAAAGUGACAAAGAAUAUAAAAUCUGAUUACAUAAAGUGAGAAAAACUAUAAGGAGCAGCUGUUUAAUCAACCCCCGUCUCUCUUCUCCUCAAAUAAAUAAAAAAUAAAAUAAAAAGACUCUUCAUCGUGUUCAUAAAUAAAUUGUGAGGCAAAGUGAAAGAUGUCAGAUUGGAUAAGCAGAGGUUUUAGGAUGACAUUAAAGGCAGCCUCGUAAAUAUUCAUGUAAAUAGUAAAAACCUUUUUAAUCGAAAGGAUAAUGGACAGCAAAAACUAAACUUUUAAAGAAAAUUAAAAAAAAAACGUAAUAAAUUGUUGAGAAUGCAGCUUAAGUUUCAUAGCGUAACGAGUCAUUCGAUAAUGAAAAAAAAAAUUAAAAACUUUUAUAAUUUUCUCCUUUAAAUAUCUUUCUCAGAUAUUUGUUUCCUUCUUUUGAUUUAUGCUUCUCUUUUUUCCUCUAAGGAUACUUAACAUAAUUAUGAUGUGAAACACUCAUAAAGUAGUGAAGAAAAAAAAAAGUAAAAUAGUUAAUUAAAGAAAAAUAACUUACGCAUGAAAGAUUGAAGAGUUCGUGCAACAAACUUUUCUCAUUUUUAAUUAAGUUAAAGGAAGAAAAAAUAAGAAAUAAGUUGCAAAGAAAUGUGAGAGACUGUGCAAUAGGAAACACGACAUGAUAAAUAGUAUAAAAUGCUUAUGAGAUUGGAAAGUUUUAUUUUAUUUCAUUUCAAAAAGAUUGAGGAAGAAAGCGAAGGAAUUUAUUUUAAUAUAGAAAUGACGAAUGCAAAGAAUGAAUUAGAGAAAUAUCUAAUCGACAAAAAAUUACUUAACUGAUGUAUGCAAACGUUCAACAAUUGCAAAAUUACGUAAAUAAGACUUCUUGUGAUUCAAUUAAGAGUUGAAUAUGAAAAGUUAUAAAGUAAAGAUUUCAUUUUACUUGAAAUUCCUGAUGCGUGCUUUGAAUUAUGUGAAGCCAAACGGGGAUUUUAUAUUUAAUGAUUAAAAGUUUCAUUAAACUGAAUUUCUUCUUCUACUUCGAAUGAUUAAAGUUUCUCUUUAUCUUCGAUUUACGAGUCUGUUUGUAAUUGUUUUAACCGACUACCGGUGAUUCUUCAUUAUCAUGUCUUUCUCAAAGUUUCCCAAUAUUCUUCAAGACAGAUUCUUACAAUAAAUAAAACAUAAAAAUUUAUCAAGUUCAUUGCACGCUUGAAUCAUUUUCAUAAAUUUAUCAAUACAUGAUAAAAGUUAAAAUAUCAAUCGCACACAUUGAAAAUUAUUAUCUAAUAAUUUAGAAAGGAAUGAAGAAAGAGAAAUAAAUAAUUAUUCACAAAACUUACAAGCGAAAGGUCAUUUGCUUAAAUAUUUAUUGUAUCAUUGUGUCUGGAAAGUUACCUACUCUUGAUCAUCAAAUUAAUUUCUUUCCUUUAUUUUAAAUUAAAUUAUAUAUUAAAAAAUUUAACAAAGUUUAUCAUAAUUUUUUGUUGACUUUACUUUGUAAGAUUAUGAAAUAGAAAAAUAUUCUAGAAGUGAAACUUUUCACUGUAAGUAGAUUUAAAAUUCAGCAAAAAGAGCGAAAGAAGUUUUUGUUUUCUCAAGAUUCUUAUUCGCGUGGGAAAAAUAAUAUUGUCAAAGAAUGUCGCUUGAAGCAAGUUGAGAGAGAAAGCGAAAAGCUCGCUAAUGAGCCUCGCUUUCUUCGUUGCGGAUGGUUCAGUAUCGAAUACAUAAAAUAAGAUGAUAACAAAAGCUUCAUUUUCCACUACCAAAAAGUGAACUCAAAUAAAGUUAUUGAAUUAAUUUUCCUCAUUUUUUUCAUCUCAACCUUCCGGUCUUUCAAGAAGAAAAAAAAAGAAUCCUUGCCAGGCACAAUGAUCGUAAUCCAACCUUAUAAUUUAUUUAAUAAAUUCAACUCCUCGUUCUUUUGUACAUUAAAAAGACAACAAAAUAUGUAACAAAAAAAGAGAAAGCAAUGUUUUUAUACAUGACAAAAAAUAAUAAAAACAAAUAUCGCACAGAAUGUUUUCGCUUUUCAUAUUUUUUCUCCUUUUAAAAAAAAGAAAAAUUAAAUUUUGUAAAUACGAGAAGAAAACGAAGGAAACGUUGAACUUUUCUUCCUACGAUUUAUAAAAUCAUUAAAGGAGAACUUUUUAAAUUAUCAGUUCAAGUUUUCCAUUUCUAACUUACAAGCUUUCUUUUUUACUUACUUUUCUCUGGGAAAUGAAUUUUCUUUUUCUCAACAACCAACACAAAUGAAAUCAAUAAGAAACACGUCCAAAUGCAAAAAAGAAAUGUCUCAUGAGACAACUUAAUUUUGUAUAAAAAGUUAUAAAUAAAAACUUUCGAAAUGAUGCAUAAAGUAAUGUAAAGAAGGAAACGUUAGAAAAAAAAAUAUUUAAUCGAUUUCCUUUCGCCUAAAACUCCUUAAACUUCCUUUUUCUCUUUGCGAUCUUUAGGAAACUCCUCUCCCGCUUUUUAAAGCUAUUUAAUUGACAAAUGAAAUAAAAAUAAUAAUAAAUUAAAUAAAGUUAAAACUUAAAUUGGAGUGAAUGAAUGGCGAAGGCGUUUUAAGUGGAAAUUUCAUAGAUCUUAAGAUAUUUUAUGUUCUGUUUUGACUGUCUCUUCAUUUACUCACUCAAAUCAAGCAUUUUUUAUUUAAAUGAUGAUUGAUAUAAUGAAAAAAUAUGAAAUCUUACUUAAAAUGACAAGAGAAGAGAAUUAACUAAUAAUAAAAUGAAUUGUAAAUCAUUUGUAUUGUCCUUGUCUCGUUUCAUAAGAAAAGCAAAGAAAUUGAUUGAUAUAAAUCAUGAAAGAAAGAAACUUUCUAAAAGAAAUUAAAGUUAAAGGAAAGCUAGUUUCAAAAUGAAGGUUAAUAUUAGAACAAUAGGUUUUUAAUCUUACAUUUAUUCUCCCUUCGAAAGAAACACAACACACAAUAAUGAAAACAAAAAUUAUUAAUCAAACUUCUAGCAAAAAAAUUAAUAAAAAAAAAAUAGUUUGGCUAAUUUUAAAGAACAGAAGAAAGAGAAAUGAAAUUGAAUAAAAAAUAAAGAAAUGCCCGCGAAUGAAUUCGAAGAUAAAGAUCAUGAUGAUGAGAAUGAUUUUGAAAUUCUUUAGCAAGCUUAAUUGCUUUGCAAUGUGCAAGAAAAAUAAAUUGAGUAAAAUGAAAGAAAAUAUGCAAUGGUGAAAAUAUAAAAGAUUAAAGAAAAGAUAAUUAAACAUGAAUGGUAUGAAUGAUGAAUAAAAAAAUGUGAAAAAUUAAGAAUGAGAAAUUAAUAAACAAAAGAAAUAUUUAUCAAUACUUUGUAAAAUGUAUUUUUACUUUUAAUCAAACAUUUCAG